UAGAAACAAUCUGACAGUGAGGAACCAUGACGCAAAGGCAAAUAGAAUGGGCGAUGUGGGCCAAUGAGCAGGCUGUAGCUAGUGCAUUCAUUUUGAUAUCUGGAGGAGCCAUUGGCAUAGCAGGUCUCUUUAAAGGCUGGGAAUUCGGAAUCUAUGGAAUUCUUGCUGGUAUUUUUGUGUUGAUUAUAGAGUACCCUAGAGGAAAGAGGAAAACAAAACACUCCACUCAGGAAAGAAAGUGCCAGAGAACUUUGUCUAGACUCCUGAAUUGCUGCGGGCCAGUCACACGCAAUUACUUUGUUAGAUUUAUUAUGCAUCUAGUACUGUGUGUACCUGCCUGCUUUAUUCUUGCUACACUGCUAGGAGGGGUCUGUCUCUUCAUCACAAGUAUGAUCUACAUGGUGGCUGCCUUCCGGGGAGAAGAAUGGGUAGCGGUAGGUCUAGAGGAGAAGGAGGAGGACCCCGUCAGAGAAUUGAAAUCCUUUAAACAGCCAAGGAAACCCCCACCACGGUUCCGUGGUCCUGUACAGGAAGAGGGAGAGAACCGGGUGUGAGACAUACGUUACUGAUAUUUACCAGAUGUGUUCAGACAAGAAUUCUGAUGAAAUAUGCCCUUCUUUAUAAACCCAUGUCAUACAUCUUAUAGUUUUUAUUUAUCCCAAUUUGAUGCUAACAUAAAUAAUUAUGUUCAUACCAGCAACAUUUUAGAAAGACUUUUAUGCUAUGUUGCCAUCAGUUUUGGUACACAUAGAAAUUAUAUAUGUUCUUGGGAUAUACAUUCAUGUACAUGUGCAUAUACAAAUGAUCUUCCAUUAUGUUUACAAAUAUUUUUAAAACAAAUCGUUGGGGGUUUUUUUGCUGUCUUCCAGUUGCUUUUUUUUAUGAAGUGCACAGAAAAUUUCUGAAUGAAAUAUUUUAGCAUUGAAACAAGUUUCACUUUCAUGUACAAUGUAAGUUAAAUAAAAUGUUCUCCUUUAGAAUCAGUUGGAUAAACUUUUGACAUUUUGAUCUUCUUCUCAAGUUCCACCAUUGGGAUUGAGCUCAAACUUGCAUGAAAUGAUCCUAAGUAAGUCCUGACCAAGUGUUGUUUUUUUCGGGCAUGUCUAAAAUCCAAGAUUGCCGCCAUCUUGAAAACCGUGUUUUAAACUUCUUCUCCAGUUUCACUGGUGCCAUUGAGCUGAAAAUUGAUGGUGAAGUUGUUAACAAAGUGUUGUUAUUUUUUCAACCUUGUCAAAACUUUGACAUGGAAGCCAGGAAGGCCAUUUUGAAACAUGAUUGUGCAAUCAUGGUUUUGCUGUGCAACAUCCAUGUCAAACUUCAUCUCCAGUUUCACUAGUUGGAUUUAGCUCCAACUUUACUGUCAACAAAAAUAGAUAACCUACUCCUCACCAAAACUACCAUCUUGCUUAAUGGAGAACAGCUUUUAGUAAGAUUUCAUUCAAAGUAGAAAUCAUCACCUACUCCCUGCUGUUUUAGUAGUUAGAUGCCUGUUAAGGCCUGUGGGCCUCUUGUUUCAUUAUAGGUCUUCUAGUACAGUAGGUCAUUAUUAUACUUAUAUAAUCUAUAUAUAACACAAAGAAUGCAUAAAGUAUAUCAGUGAAGAUUGAGAUUAAUAUUGUUGGGUAUAAUUUGGAGUUCAGUCCAACUUUGUUAUCUUGAAUUCGGUUGGACCAUGGGAAAACUUUGAGAUAACAAAGUAUUCAAUUUAAGUAAGUUUGAAUGUUUUAUGUUAAGUUAGACAGGAACCAUGGAAAUGCUUCCAAGUAGGCAAGGUCUUUACUUUAUAGGAGUUCCAGGUAACGAGGUAUGACUGUAUUGUAUGUAGAGGUUUGGAAUCCAUUAGAAAUGUUGUAAAGAAAAGUUAUCUAUAAUGUUAAUACCUUGUAGAUAAAGGAUGUUACCUGAUAGAUAAAGGAUGUUACCUUGUAGAUAAAGGAUGUUAUCUGAUAGAUAAAGGAUGUUACCUUGUAGAUAAAGGAUGUCACCUUGUAGAUAAAGGAUGUUACCUUGUAGAUAAAGGAUGUUACCUUGUAGAUAAAAGAUGUUACCUGAUAGAUAAAGGAUGUUACCUUGUAGAUAAAGGAUGUUACCUGAUAGAUAAAGGAUGUUACCUGGUAGAUAAAAGAUGUUACCUGAUGGAUAAAGGAUGUUACCUGAUAGAUAAAGGAUGUUACCUGAUAGAUAAAGGAUGUUACCUGAUAGAUAAAGGAUGUUACCUGAUAGAUAAAGGAUGUUACCUUGUAGAUAAAGGAUGUUACCUUGUAGAUAAAAGAUGUUACCUGAUGGAUAAAGGAUGUUACCUUGUAGAUAAAGGAUGUUACCUUGUAGAUAAAGAAUGUUACCUGAUAGAUAAAGGAUGUUACCUUGUAGAUAAAGGAUGUUACCUUGUAGAUAAAAGAUGUUACCUGAUGGAUAAAGGAUGUUACCUUGUAGAUAAAAGAUGUUACCUUGUAGAUAAAGGCUGCUUCCUUGUAGAUAAAUUCUGCUACCUGGUAGAUAAAGGAUGUUACCUGGUAGAUAAAGGAUGUUACCUGGUAGAUAAAGGCUGCUACCUUGUAGAUAAAGGAUGUUACCUUGUAGAUAAAGGCUGCUACCUUGUAGAUAAAUUCUGCUACCUGGUAGAUAAAGGAUGUUACCUGGUAGAUACAGGAUGUUACCUGGUAGAUACAGGAUGUUACCUUGUAGAUAAAAGCUGCUACCUUGUAGAUAAAGGAUGUUAUCUGGUAGAUAAAGGCUGCUACCUGUGUAUAAAGGAUGUUACCUGGUAGAUAAAGGCUGCUUCCUUGUAGAUAAAGGAUGUUACCUGGUACAUAAAGGCUGCUACCUUGUAGAUAAAGGAUGUUACCUUGUAGAUAAAGGCUGCUACCUUGUAGAUAAAUUCUGCUACCUGGUAGAUAAAGGUUGUCACCUGGUAGAUACAGGAUGUUACCUUGUAGAUAAAAGCUGCUACCUUGUAGAUAAAGGAUGUUAUCUGGUAGAUAAAGGCUGCUACCUUGUAGAUAAUGGAUGUUACCUGGUAGAUAAAGGAUGUUAUCUUGUAGAUAAAGGCUGCUACCUUGCAGAUAAAUUCUGCUACCUGGUAGAUAAAGGAUGUUACCUGGUAGAUACAGGAUGUUACCUUGUAGAUAAAAGCUGCUACCUUGUAGAUAAAGGAUGUUAUCUGGUAGAUAAAGGCUGCUACCUUGUAGAUAAAGGAUGUUACCUGGUAGAUAAAGGAUGUUAUCUGGUAGAUAAAGGCUGCUACCUUGUAGAUAAAGGCUGCUACCUUGUAGAUAAAGGAUGUUACCUGGUAGAGAAAGGAUGUUACCUGAUUGAUAAAGGCUGCUACCUUGUAGAUAAAGAAUGUUACCUGGUAGAUAAAGGCUGCUACCUGUAGAUAAAGGAUGUUACCUGGUAGAUAAAGGAUGCUACCUUGUAGAUAAAGGAUGUUACCUUGUAGAUAAAAGCUGCUACCUUGUAGAUAAAGGAUGUUAUCUGGUAGAUAAAGGCUGCUACCUUGUAGAUAAAGGAUGUUACCUGGUAGAUAAAGGAUGUUAUCUAGUAGAUAAAUUCUGCUACCUUGUAGAUAAUGGCUGCUACCUUGUAGAUAAAGGAUGUUACCUGGUAGAUAAAGGAUGUUACCUGAUUGAUAAAGGCUGCUACCUUGUAGAUAAAGAAUGUUACCUGGUAGAUAAAGGAUGUUAUCUGGUAGAUAAAGGCUGUUACCUUGUAGAUAAAGGAUGUUACCUUGUAGAUAAAGGCUGCUACCUGUAGAUAAAGGAUGUUACCUGGUAGAUAAAGGCUGCUACCUUGUAAAUAAAGGAUGUUACCUGGUACAUAAAGGCUGCUACCUUGUAUAUAAAGGAUGUUACCUGGUAGAUGAAUUCUGCUACCUGGUAGAUAAAGGAUGUUACCUGGUAGAUAAAGGAUGUUACCUGGUAGAUAAAGGAUGUUAUCUGGUAGAUAAAUUCUGCUACCUUGUAGAUAAAGGAUGUUACCUGAUUGAUAAAGGCUGCUACCUUGUUGAUAAAGAAUGUUACCUGGUAGAUAAAGGAUGUUAUCUGGUAGAUAAAGGCUGCUACCUUGUAGAUAAAGGAUGCUACCUUGUAGAUAAAGAAUGUUACCUGGUAGAUAAAGGAUGUUAUCUGGUAGAUAAAGGCUGCUACCUGGUAGAUAAAGGAUGUUACUUGGUAGAUAAAUUCUGCUUCCUUGUAGAUAAAGGAUGUUACCUGGUACAUAAAUUCUGCUACCUUGUAGAUAAAGGCUGUUACCUUGUAGAUAAAGGCUGCUACCUUGUAGAUAAAUUCUGCUACCUUGUAGAUAAAGGAUGUUACCUGGUAGAUAAAGGAUGUUAUCUGGUAGGUAAAGGCUGCUACCUUGUAGAUAAAUUCUGCUACCUGGUAGAUAAAGGAUGUUACCUGGUAGAUAAAGGCUGCUAUCUGGUAGAUAAAGGCUGCUACCUGGUAGAUAAAGGAUGUUACUUGGUAGAUAAAUUCUGCUUCCUUGUAGAUAAAGGAUGUUACCUGGUACAUAAAUUCUGCUACCUUGUAGAUAAAGGCUGUUACCUUGUAGAUAAAGGCUGCUACCUUGUAGAUAAAUUCUGCUACCUUGUAGAUAAAGGAUGUUACCUGGUAGAUAAAGGAUGUUAUCUGGUAGGUAAAGGCUGCUACCUUGUAGAUAAAUUCUGCUACCUGGUAGAUAAAGGAUGUUACCUGGUAGAUAAAGGCUGCUACCUGGUAGAUAAAGGAUGUUACUUGGUAGAUAAAUUCUGCUUCCUUGUAGAUAAAGGAUGUUACCUGGUACAUAAAUUCUGCUACCUUGUAGAUAAAGGCUGUUACCUUGUAGAUAAAGGCUGCUACCUUGUAGAUAAAUUCUGCUACCUUGUAGAUAAAGGAUGUUACCUGGUAGAUAAAGGAUGUUAUCUGGUAGGUAAAGGCUGCUACCUUGUAGAUAAAUUCUGCUACCUGGUAGAUAAAGGAUGUUACCUGGUAGAUAAAUUCUGCUUCCUUGUAGAUAAAGGAUGUUACCUGAUAGAUAAAGGAUGUUACCUGGUUGAUAAAGGCUGCUACCUUGUAGAUAAAGAAUGUUACCUGGUAGAUAAAGGAUGUUAGCUGGUAGAUAAAGGCUGCUACCUUGUAGAUAAAGGAUGUUACCUGAUUGGUAAAGGCUGCUACCUUGUAGAUAAAGAAUGUUACCUGGUAGAUAAAGGAUGUUAUCUGGUAGAUAAAGGCUGCUACCUUGUAGAUAAAGGCUGCUACCUUGUAGAUAAAGGAUGUUACCUGGUAGAUAAAGAUGUUACCUGAUUGAUAAAGGCUGCUACCUUGUAGAUAAAGAAUGUUACCUGGUAGAUAAAGGAUGUUAUCUGGUAGAUAAAGGCUGCUACCUUGUAGAUAAAGGAUGUUACCUGGUACAUAAAGGCUACUACCUUGUAGAUAAAGGCUGUUACCUUGUAGAUAAAGGCUGCUACCUUGUAGAUAAAGGAUGUUACCUUGUAGAUAAAGGAUGUUACCUUGUAGAUAAAGGAUGUUACCUUGUUGAGAAAGGAUGUUACCUUGUUGAGAAAGGAUGUUACCUUUUAUAUACGAUAUUAAUAAAUGGCCAUCAGGCCAUAAAUUUGACAUAAAUUUAGUUGAAUUUAAAACUUCAUUCCUCCGAAUUGCUUUUAAAAUGCUGAUAUUAAGCAAUGACAAUAAGAUUAAUUUUUGCAUCAGGUAGGUGCAAAGUUGCAAGGAGAUUAUUAUUGAAUUAUUUAUUUGAACUAUUAUAUUAGGUUAUUAGGAUGGUACAUUUUGUGACAGUUAACAGUCUUUCAUGAUGGCCUUGUUGUAGUUUAUGUACAGAAAAAGUUGUAUAUAUUCUAUGUGUGUUGUUUUGUCAUCACGUGGUGACCUCUCCUGACCAACUGAUGCCAUCAAUGGAAGAUUUUGUUGAGAAUCAAUUUAAGUAUUGAGUUCGGUGAACCAAAGUUACAGAGACUGUAGAGGUCCAUAAAACCUCCCCAGGCUACUCAAUUUGUGUGUAGUACAUACAAUAUAUAUCUGUUACUAACACUUUUUAUAUAUAGAUAUUAUAUGUAUGAUAUCAUUAAAUCUAUUUUUAUAACAAA